AUGGAGAGAGAAGCCCACGCCGGAGCGGGUUUGCUGGCGGGGCCCCCGCCCUGGAGCAGCCCGCCCAUGAAGCACCGCACCCCGCGGGAGGGACCCACGCUGGGGCAGUUCGCGGAGGACCGCGUCCCGCGGGAGGGACCCCACGGCGGAGCGCUGAGGGGGCCGGCGCGGCGGGCUGGCAGCGUCCCUUCUCUGGCUGAUGGCCUGCUCUUCGGUGGCUUGGCGGGGCUGGGCGCCUACCAGCAGUCCAAAGAUCCAAAGAACGUGUGGCUUUCCCUGGUGGCGUCCGGAACCUUGUCUGCUGUCAUGGGAAUGAGGUUCUACAACUCCAGAAAAGCAAUGCCCGGGAUAAUUGCUGGUGCCAGUUUACUGAUGGUUGGACGGCUUGGAUUGCAGAUGAUGGAAAAGCCUCUUAAGCCAUAA